AGCUCUCUUCUGAUUGGUUGUUCCUUGUUUCCGGGGCUCUGAUGUGAACUCACUGACGUUUCUGCCGAGAGACAGACUGGAGAGAAUGGCUGCCAGUGGAGAGGUAGGGAAGCUGUUACAAGUACAGAACGGGACACCUCCAGCCUCAAACUUCAACGGGGUCGAUGCUGUGCAUGCCUGCAACAUUCUUCAGCAGCUCAAAGCUUUGUAUGAUGAAGCACAGCUAACAGACAUUGUUGUGGAAGUGGAUCAUGGCAAGACUUUCUCAUGUCACCGAAACGUUCUUGCAGCAAUCAGCCCAUACUUUAGGUCCAUGUUCACUAGUGGCCUUACGGAGAGCAGUCAGCGUGAGGUCAGAAUUGUCGGAGUUGAGUCUGAAUCCAUGCACCUCGUCCUAGACUAUGCUUAUACAUCCAAGGUCACACUCUCCGAGUCCAACGUCCAGGCCCUGUUCACGGCAGCCAGCAUUUUCCAGAUUCCUGCUCUGCAGGAUCAGUGUGCCCAGUUCAUGAUCAGCCGGCUUGACCCUCAGAACUGCAUAGGGGUCUUUAUGUUUGCUGAUGCCUACGGGCAUCAGGAACUGAGGGAGCGCUCGCAGGAUUACAUCCGCAAGAAGUUCUUGUGUGUAUCAAGAGAGCAGGAGUUUCUCCAGAUGACCAAGGAGCAGCUGGUCAGCAUUUUGAACAGCGAUGACCUAAAUGUGGAGAAAGAAGAGCAUGUCUAUGAGAGUAUUGUCCGCUGGCUAGAGCAUGAUCGACCGGGCCGUGAAACUAACCUGGUUGAGGUGUUUUCCCAGUGCAUCCGUCUGCCGUUGCUGGAUGAGGCCUUUCUCAAUCUGAUACCUGCCCCAUUUGCUUGUGCCAUGGCUCUUUCUAAAGACCCCACUGAGGUCAAAGCUCGCCUCACUGGCACAAACGGUUGUCCACAGCGCCUGGGCAUGACUGCUUCUGAGAUGGUGAUCUGCUUUGAUGCUGCUCAUAAACACUCAGGUAAAAAGCAGACGGUGCCUUGUCUAGACACAGCAACAGGAAGGGUGUUCAAGCUCUGCAAACCACCUAAUGACCUCAGAGAGGUCGGUAUCCUUGUGUCGUCAGAGAAUGACAUCUACAUCGCUGGUGGGUACCGGCCGAGCAACAGCGAGGUGUGCAUCGACCAUCGAGCAGAGAGCGACUUCUGGCAGUACGAGCACGCGGGCAAUCGGUGGCUUCCACGUGCACCGCUGCUCAGAGCAAGAAUAGGAUGCAGACUUGUUCACUGUUGUGGAAAGCUUUUUGCACUAGGAGGUCGAGUUUAUGAAGGGGACGGACGAAAUGCAUUAAAAUCUGUUGAGUGUUAUGAUGCCAGGGACAACUGUUGGACAGCAGUCAGUCCAAUGCCAGUUGCUAUGGAGUUUCAUAGUGCCGUGGAGUAUAAAGAUCGCAUCUACGUCAUCCAAGGUGAAUAUUUUUUCUGCUAUGAUCCCCGCAAGGAUUAUUGGAGUCAUCUGGUCCCGAUGAGUGUCCCUCGAAGUCAGGGUCUGGCUGCCUUGUAUAAAAACUGCAUCUACUACAUUGCUGGCAUCUGCAGGAACCACCAGCGCACCUUCACCGUGGAGGUCUACGACAUUGAGAGGAACACGUGGAGCCGGAAGAGAGAUCUGCCCUUUGAACAAGCCACAAGCCCGUAUAUCAAGGCCAUGCUGCUGCAAGGGAAGCUACACCUGUUUGUUCGUGCCACACAGGUCAUGGUGGAGGAGCAUGUGUUCCGCACCAGCCGCAAGAACUCCCUUUACCAGUAUGACGACGAGGCAGAAGUCUGGACCAAAGUCUAUGAGACCCCCGAUCGCCUCUGGGAUUUGGGUCGCCAUUUUGAAUGUGUGGUGGCCAAACUUUACCCACAAUGUCUCCAGAAAGUGCUUUGAGCUAAGUGAUAUUUGUGAACCCAAUCUAUUAGGUGAGGGAAGCGUUGUUGUCCUGCCUGCCUUGUGCCUGGUGUUACACCAUAUGGACCAUUUCUUUUAAGUCUUAAGUUGUUCAAACUUUGGUUCAACAUGAUCAAAAUGGGGGUGCUUAUAAAGAUUGCAGUAUUUUAUUUUUAUUUUUUUAGAUGGCACCAACUACCCACACUGAAGUGUGUUUAACAGAACCGUACAGCAAAUCAUAAGUGCAAUUAUCCUAUUUUUGCUUGUUUUUGAGCCAUGUUCUGUUUUAUGUUUGAAAUGCAGAAAAUGAUAUUGAUUUUUACAAACAUCAGGCAUGAGAAGUAGGGUGUCUGCUGACUUCAGACUCUCCCUAGAAACCUGGAUGAUAUGUGUCACCAUAGAGUAAGAUUCUCUUUAUAUAAAUAACUAUAUAAACUAUAUAUUCAUACGGGUAAGGUGAGUAACAUAGCUUAUUAGUAGGUUGCUAGCUCUAAGGUUUGCAUUUUAUUUUUUUCUUCUAUGUUUGUGCUUCCCUUCAGUUUAUUUAGUAGUUUUAAAACGAUGCGUGCUUCGUAAUAACAUAGUGUUUUAAAGGAUGAAAGCAUGAGUGAUAUUUUUUCCCCUCCCCUUCUUCCUCAAAUGUGUUGUUAAACCACACACACACUAAGUGUGACAUAGCUAUUUAAGUUCGGGGUUUCUAGUUGAAUGGGGCUCCCGCACCUCACCGUUCUCGAGUCAGCAUCCAUUUCGUGUCAUAUGCAAAAGAUAAUUUAACUGAAAUCUUAUAAAUAUUCACUCUCCACAUUGGAGAAAUAAUGAAACAGUCAAAUUUGUGCUAACGCUAAGUGACAAGUUCAGACCAACUAACAGGUUUACCUCAAAAACUUCCGAUGUUUUAGACUUGGAGCAAAGGGACAUUUAAGACCAUUGUGUUGAUGAAGCAGCUGUGUGAAAAGAUCCUUUCAGUGUUGAGAUGUGAGGUUGAGACUUUUGGCAUCAGACUGGUCGAUUGAAAAGUUGUAUUUGAUAAAAUGCCAAAAAAUUUGUUUUAGUUGUGGACGUUGAAACUAAUGUGGUAGCAAUAAAUCAAGGAACUGUGAUUAGGCUAUAUUGGUAUACUUUAGUAUAAGUGCAUUAAUGUUUUUUUGUUUGCUCGUCUCUGCUAGUGGAGAGAAGAUGAUAGUACCAGUAAUGAUUGCUGGGUUGUUGCAUGGGUGCAGGCUUGACAUGAUGUGUAAUUCAGUGCAUAAUAUUUGUGUGUGUGUGUGUGUGUGUGUGUGUGUGAGUCAUGCCAAUGUGCCUGUGGCUAAUAAGGACAGUGUAUGGUGGGGGGUUCAGUUAAAAACUGCAUCACUUGAUUAAUUCCUGAAACGUCAACUCAGCAUUGCACUGAAUCUCUAUCCACUUCAGAAGUCGUUAACUGCAAACUUUACGAAGCACCCUCUCCGACUAGACCUGCAUGAGGGUUUCACUUUGUGCUAUUUCAUCUAACAGCCAUGGAUUUUGUCUUUUUAUGCCAUCACAUGGACACAGAACUGUUGGUGCUGCUUUUUUUUUUUUUGACAAUCUUGUGUAAAAACCGCCACUGAGUGGUACCUCCCUCCUGUCAUAGUGAUGUUCUCAGUGGUACCAGUUCAUGCAGGUGCCCGUGUUGCGCUGCACAUUUCCUGUUUGUCCAAACAAACGGAGAGCGCCCUCUCUUUUUCCCAUCACAGGGUUUCAUCUGACAGGUUUACAUGGAAAGACUUGAGGAUUAAAUUUACUUCUCCAAGAGAAGAUCCACUGUUGAAAAACUAGAUGCUGAUUCCAAUCAACAUGUGUUGAGCAAUACCCCUAAAACAGAAAUAAAACACCCAUCUGGAGUGUGAGAACUUCACCAACAUGGCUACAGGAACGGAGAACUCAGGAUUUCUACUGAUACACACAGUACUGUAUUUAAGAUUUUUGUUACAUGUAAAAUACUGUAUUAUAGGUUUGCUGUAAUUGCACAGGUUUCUAAACUUAUAUUCAGUUUGUUUUAUAACUUGAAAAAAAAUUAGAUGUGAUUUCCCUUUGUCUCCAGUGGCUGUUUUUAUUUUAGUUUCUUUGUGUGAUUAUCUAAUUAUGGUAGAGUAAUCCUGCUCUGAUGGGAGGAAAAGAUUACCUGCACGAGUGAUCAUUUAGAUUUUAUUUCCAGUAGUGCAUUAGUUUUUAACACCUCGCGUAACUCCAGAUAACAAUAUGCUUUAAACACCAGUCAUGUUGUGCAUCAAGCUAAAACACAUCUUUUGUUUUUGAUCAUUUCCUGAUCUUUUACAUGCAUAGGUGCUAUUCCAUUGUAUCGUUUUCCCCCUUCACUUUUACUUUAGUGGUUUUGUAUUUUCUUUCUUUUCUUUUGAGGGUUUUCAGGUUAUAGUGGUUGUUGAGCUCAACUGUGAACUUCACAUUGCACAUAAUUGAAAAUAAAAACAUGAGAUUGGA